AUGUGGAACAUGAUGUGCGACGUGAUGCCUACAAUUUCUGAGAACAGUAUAGCUCAAAGGAGUGGGCAAUUCUCCUCGGAAGAAUCUAAUUUUGAGCAGCUAAUGGAAAAUAUGUUGGAUGAAAGGGACAAACUUAUGGAAAAUUUGAGGGAAACUCAAGAAGGGAUGCAAGAGAUACAGUCAAAAUUGGCAGAAGUGGAAAGGGAAAGGGACUCGCUUCAACGGCAGCUUCAGGCAAAUCUACCUCAGGAGCUUGCUGCAUUAACUAAAGAAUUAAAUCAAUCCCGAGAGCACUUAUUAGAGAAGGAAGAAGAAAUUCAAGAGCUAAAAGCGGAGCGAAACAACACUAGGUUGCUCUUGGAACAUUUGGAGUGCCUUGUAUCACGCCAUGAACGUUCCUUAAGAAUGACUGUUGUGAAGAGGCAAGCACAGUCUCCUGCUGGCGUGUCUUCAGAAGUAGAAGUCCUUAAAGCUCUCAAAUCACUUUUUGAACACCACAAAGCUUUGGAUGAAAAAGUUAGAGAGAGAUUAAGAGUUGCUUUAGAUCGUGUAACAACACUAGAAGAAGAACUCAAUAAGGCAAAUGAAGAGCUUACUCAAUAUAAAACCAAAGCCAUUUCUUUGGAAUUAAAAGAAGAAAGGAAACCAGCUAACGGAGAAGAGGCAGUACACAUUUCAAAGGUUUCCAAUGGUACAGCAGAGGUUGCCGCAGACGCAGCCCGUGUUGUUGAGCUGCAGGAAACCAUUGAAAGAAUUAAUUCUGAGCUAAAUACAUCUCGUAGUAAAAUUUGUGAACUUAGUGCCAAAAUUAGGGAACAAGACGAUGGUGUGUCUUCUGCUCAAAAAGAAAUUUCUAAGCUUCAAGAAGAAAACUCACGCCUUUCUAGGGACCUUAAAGAGAAUAAUGCCCAAAAAGAAGAUCAAGAAGAAAGGAUAUCAACCUUAGAAAAACGUUAUUUAAAUGCCCAACGGGAAUCAACAUCUCUCCAUGAUUUAAAUGAAAAACUAGAGCAAGAAUUAAGUAACAAAGAAGCUCAACUAAAAUUGAGUGAAGAGAAAUGCAGAGCACUUCAAGAACGGUUAGAAUUAACUGAACAAAAACUUGCACAAUUUUCUCGCAAAGCUGAAGCAGCUGCUGGAGAAGCUCUAGCUCAAGUUCAAGACAGACAUGGAAGUGUGGAAGAUAGGAUUCAAAGGCUAGAAUCACAAUUGGAAGAAAAGGGGACAGAAUUAAUCAGAUCUAGACAGAGGGAAAAGAUGAAUGAAGAACAUAAUCAAAGGCUAUCACAAACUGUAGAUAAAUUACUAGCUGAAUCAAAUGAGAGACUUCAACUGCAUUUGAAGGAAAGAAUGCAUGCUCUGGAGGAAAAAAAUUCACUAGCUCAAGAACUUGAACGGACGCGGAAAGCUUUAGAGGAUGAAAAGAUUGAAAAGGAUAAGAUAAUGAAUGAAUUGGUAAAAUUAAGGAAUGAAUUGGAAAAUGUGAGGCGGGAGUAUCAAGCAUUUAAAGCUGAGAGCUUAGCUAGGUUAGCGACUAGUCGAACACUUCCACAAACUUCUCCUCUCCUUCCAACUCGCAGUGCUCUAUCUCCUGGAGCUGUAGUCACGAGUUCCAUCUCUCCUAGCCGAACUCCAGCCAUAGAGACGGAUGCUUUUCACAUGGUGACUGGCAUUGAUUACAUCUCUCCUAAUGCAUCCAUCAAUCGCAGGCUACAGAGAGGUAGACAGGCUGCUCUAGAGGAAGAUGCUACCAAAGUUCAAACACUCAAUGAACAAGAGUGGGAAAAAAUGGAACAAGCCCAGGUUCUGGCCAGUGUACAGCAUGCUUUUGAUACUAGUGAUACUGAAUGCAGUCAAACAGAUGAUAACGAAAGCAUAUUUGAAUCAAUGGAUAUGUUGUCACCAUCUGCCCAUACUGAUGCUCAAACGCUUGCUCUUAUGUUGCAAGAGCAACUCGAUGCAAUAAAUAAUGAAAUUAGGUUGAUUCAAGAAGAAAAACAUACAACAGAACAACGAGCUGAAGAGCUGGAAUCUCGAGUUGGCAGUAUAGAGACAAUAAGUCUGUUGGCACGUGGGAGGUCCUUUGACAGGAGUUCUCCUCCACAAAGUGGCAGGUCCACGCCAAAAUCACACCAUAGUCCUCAGAGAGAUUACAUUCAAAAAUAUCCAGGCCUUGGUACAGACUUAAAGGAUGAAAACAGAUUGAUAUUGAGAAGAGAUCCUAGUCCACCUACUCCACGCUCUGUUAGAUUAGAACGUGUUGCCAGAGCUUUAGCUGAAAGUUCUCAAGAAUUGCAAAGAAGUGUGGGUCUUAACAUGCCUCAUUCUUCCGCUCUGAACGCCAUCUCUUCAAUGCCUGUUGCUUCGCAAGACCUCUUUUUAGGUUAUCCCGAUCUCGUCCCCGAAAUGUCCCAUUCCCGGCUGUUGCUUGAUGGCGCAUCCCGUAGUUCCCCUUCCUCUUCCCACAGUUCUACAUCUGAAGAUUCUUUGAAUAGGACUCCCCAGAAGAAGAAAAGCAUCAAGUCUUCCUUAGGCAGGUUGUUCAGCAAAAAAGACAAAAUAAAGACCAAAGAUGGCUAUGGCAUUACUUCACCAGGUGUUGCGUAUGUAGAUGCUGAUAUCACAGUCGUUGAUUCUGUUGGAAUGUCUGGGGGAAUAGGGCAAAAGUCUGAUCAUGACCGAAGGACAAAAAAAAAAGUUGAGUUGUUAGAAGAAUCCAUGAAAGCAGGAACUCCUUUUGCACUGUGGAAUGGUCCGACGAUAGUAGCUUGGCUAGAACUAUGGGUUGGCAUGCCUGCCUGGUAUGUCGCUGCUUGCCGAGCCAACGUAAAGAGUGGUGCAAUAAUGUCUGCCUUAUCCGAUACAGAAAUACAACGAGAAAUUGGAAUCAGUAAUCCACUUCAUCGGUUAAAAUUAAGACUUGCAAUUCAAGAAAUGGUAGCACUAACCAGUCCAUCUGCACCUAAACCAUCUAGAACUAGUUUAGCAUUUGGAGAAAUGAAUCAUGAAUGGAUUGGUAAUGAAUGGUUACCAAGCUUAGGACUUGCACAGUACAGAUCUACUUUUAUGGAAUGUUUGGUAGAUGCUCGAAUGUUGGACCACUUAACAAAAAAGGAUCUUAGAAUGCAUUUAAAAAUGGUUGAUGGCUUCCAUAGAACCAGCUUACAGUAUGGUAUAAAUUGUUUGAAAAGGUUAAAUUAUAACAGAGAAGCCCUAGAAGACAGAAGAAAACUUUCUGAGCAUGAAAUCAAAGAUAUAUUAGUCUGGUCAAAUGACAGAGUAAUUAAAUGGGCUGAUAGUAUAGGCUUACGAGAUUAUUCUGUAAAUUUGAUAGACAGUGGUGUUCAUGGAUCUGUGAUUGCUCUUGAUGAAAGUUUUGACCAUGCAGCUAUGGCGUUAGCAUUGCAAAUUCCAACACAAAACACUCAGGUUAGGCAAAUUUUAGAAAGAGAAUUUAAUAACCUUUUGUUAAAAGGCACAGAAAGGAGACCUGACGAGGCAGUGAAGCAUCCAACACAUACGGUGGCAGCUCAUCACAGUGUACAGGGAGACAGACUUGUGUGA